AUGCUACUACCCAGGGUCCGCCUAGCACGGCCUUUGCCUGUGAGAUACUUCCACGGCUCAAAGCUGCGGCAGUUGAAUCCGCUCGUGGAAAACUUUCUCCAAGAAUUGAAAGACGAUGGUGAUGAUUCCAAAGAAGAUAACCACGGCAGAAAUAACCACAAAAAAGAUAGCCAAAAUGACGAUGAAAAGAGCAGGUUCGACAAGUUCAAAUCGUUCUUGAUGAAGUGUUUGGAAACGGUGGGAAUCACCAUCUCCUCGGUCGGGGUGCUUGGCCUCGCCGGUUUCCUUUACCACCGUUUCUACAACAAACACGUUCUCAACAAGAUGAACUCGGCGUUUGAAAAAGGCGACCCCGCGGCGCAAAUCGCGAUGCAUAAAAAGACCCACGAUGAAAAAUCGGACUCGGCUGUUAACGACCACUGGGUGCAACGACCGCAACAGCAGCUCUUGGACGAGAUUAUCGCUGGCAAGAUCAUUGGCAGAUACUUUUUAAUGAUUGGAGAAAAAGGAACGGGCAAGACCUCGUUGAUCAUGGAGGCGAUGAAAAAGGUCCACGGCCACAACGUGGCCAUUUUUGACGCUCACGCCGACCCCGAAAUAUUCAGAAUUCGACUCGGUAGGGCCUUGAACUACACGUUUAACGAAGACUACAUAGGCUCCCUUUUCUCAAUCAGGGGUCCAAGGGACACGACUGCUUUGCUUGACAUUGAGCGGGCAUUUUCCAAGCUCGAGGAACUCGCUAUUGAACGAGUCAACAAAACCGAGCGGCCGCUCAUCAUGAUCAUCAACAAUUGCCACUUGAUCAAGGAAAACGAGGAAGGCGUCAAGCUUUUGGAGUUGUUGCAGCAGAAAGCCGAGGCAUUGAGCGGAGCGGGACUCCUCACAAUCUUGUUCAACUCCGACGACUACUGGGUCUAUGAAAAGCUCAAGCAGCUCGGCACGCGGCUCGAGUUGAUCAACGUGAGAGACUUGAACCGACUUGAGACUGUAAAUGCCCUCAAGUUCAUCCGUCACCGGUUUUUCCCCAGUGACAAUUUCCUUUCCGAUAGUGUUUGCAACGCCGUAUAUGACUUGAUAGGAGGAAGGCCCCAGCACAUCACCCAAGUGGCCCGCCACAACGACAUCAUCAAGGCCUGCCAUGAGAUAAUCGACCGGGAAAAGACGUGGUACCUCAACCAAUGUGGCCUUUUGGGGCUGGGGAUGGACGACGACGUGAUGGAAAGCGGCAAAUUCUCGUCGAGCGCCAUGUUGUUGAUGAAGGAGUUUGUCGAGAUGGACAGAAAGAGAAUGAACACCUUGAUCACGAGCGAAAACGGCACCAACGACAGUGAAGACCACCAUCUACCGACAUUGCCUCUCUGGAGAGCUCGCCAGAUUAUGACGCGUGCCGACUACAUUCAAAAGUACGACAACCUCAACAUUUUCACCAUCGACUCCGAGUCGAGGGUGCGCGCCGACUCCGUGCCCAUGAUGCGCGCGUUCCACGAAAUAGCCUCGCAGCCGCACUUUGACCAGAUCUUGGAGGAUACCAUGGACCGCGUUGCCGACAUUGAGUCGCUUGGCAGAACUAGGGAGAUUGUGUUGAAGGACUUGAACUUGGGCGGGCAUUACGUGUGGAGCAAGGAAGAUCGAAACGAUACAACUAUGAAAAUAGAAAAGUCGGCCAAGAUGAUUGACGUGCAUGGCGACUUUACCGAGUUUAAUAAAGAGCAAGUCCAGGGUCAGGGUGACGAUGACGAUGCCGAUGACGAAAAUGAAGAUGACUUGUAUUUGGAAGAAGUCAACAAGGCCGAGUCGAGGAAAUGGUGGAAGAAGCGGAUGCAAAAGUACCACCAGCUUUACCUUCCUGAAAACUACAGACACACACAAGAAGGUGAUAUCGAUUUAAACAGAGUAGAUGAGUGA